UCUUUAAAUGACGCAUGCGCAUGACGGUGCUGCGUAUAUACGAAAACAACAUCCGAAGUCCGAAUUAUCAUUCGAAUUUUGAAGAAUAUAAUUGUGCAGAAUGGGUGGCUGUGCGGCGCCUUUUUGCAAUAAUUCUUCAAGAAAGGGAUAUAUCAUGAAAGUGUUUCCCAGAGACCCGCAGCGUCGGGCUCUAUGGGAGCGAAACGUUCCACGCGAAAAUUGGACGGCGACGAAUAAUUCGUGCCUCUGCGAGAUGCAUUUUGCCCCAGAAAUGUGGGAACGCAGACGCGACGGGAA